CAAACGUGAAGCACGAAAAAAUCGGUGUGGUCUUUUCGUAUUUCAUCAUUCUAUAGCUAGCACCACAAAAUCAUGGCCUCGAUAUUGCGGUCCAGCAAAUUUGUGCGCUAUUUCGCCGGAUUCGCGCGGAACAUAGUAUUCAACACAGUCCGGGAGACGGAAGGAAGUUUUAUUCAGCAGUCGCAAUGUUUGUGCGGCAGUUCUGUGAGCGGGUAUGCUACAUCUGCCGCUAGUUCCAGUCAGGGACUAGACCGAUCUUUGAAGCGGCUGGAUGAAGAUGUAAAACGCUCUGGAAGAAUUUCACGCCGAGAUCUGGAAGAUGUUCUGGAGGAAAUUCGAAUUAACCGUUCCGCUUCCAGCGCUCAAUCUUUACUGGUUAUUCGUUGUUGCGGUAACCUAGUUCCAGAAGAGCUUCCCGAGGUGCGUACAGCUCUGGUUCAGGAGAUAUGGAAAACGUUGAACAGCUUGAACGUAGCAAUGGACAUUUCUCACUACAACGCCCUUCUUCGGGUGUAUUUGGAUAAUGAGCACUCCUUCUCGCCUACGGAAUUUCUGGCGGAUCUGCAGGCCAAGGGCGUUGAACCGAAUCGCGUCACCUAUCAGCGAUUAAUAUCGCGCUACUGCCAAGAGGGAGACAUUGAGGGAGCAACCAAGAUUCUGGAAUUCAUGCGGGAGAAGCAGCUUCCAGUUAAUGAAUACGUUUUCAACGCACUGAUAAUGGGACACUCGCAGGCUGACGAUCUGGAAUCGGCGACAGGUAUUCUGGCAGUUAUGGCGCAAGCAGGACUUCAACCGUCGGCCGACACCUACACCACUCUUUUGUGCGGAUAUGCUAGGAAGGGUGACAUCGAGUAUAUCACCAAAACCUUGGAUACAUGUGAAAAGAAAGAAAUCUUCCUGUUGGAUAAGGAUCUUCUGGAGAUAAUUUAUUCCCUUGCUACGAACGGCUUCGCGGACAAAGUUGAAUUUCUGAUAGAAAGAAUCCGCAAACAAGUGGGCUACAACCAAGACGCUGUCAAUGUUAUUCUUCGUUUGAUAAAUCGUGGCCAGGAAGAGGUGGCUCUGAAGCUUCUAAAAACAAUGCCACGAGCAACGAAAAACGACGGGGAGUUGGCCAACACGGGAGGAUUUCUUCUGAAGCAGUUGGUCAAAGCUAAAAGACCGGUCGAUAAAAUUAUUGCAAUUUGUGAAGAGCUUCAAAGUGGCGGACUGAAUAAACAGGCUUACCUGAUAGCAUUGGAAACAGCUCUUCGUAAUGGAAUAAACGAGACAGCAUUUGCUUUACUGAAGGUAAUGAGCCAAAGUAAUUUUCCUCUGCGACAACACUUCUUUUGGCCACUACUCUGUACGACCGAUCGUCCACAGCCAGAAGGUGUUAUGAAUGUAUUGAGAGCCAUGAAGGACGAGUUCAAUUUAAUGCCUAGCAGCGAAACAGUCCGAGAAUAUGCUAUUCCAAACUUGGGAAUGGCCAACUAUGAAGAAGUUAUUCAACUGCUCAAAAGUGUGGGUAUUUCUACUGCGGCCGCAAGCUCAGGAUGCGCUUUCGUUGCGUUAGAAAAUAAUAAUCUUAAGGAAGCAGCACAGAUUGCUUCGCGAUUCAGGGCAUUUUAUUCACCUGGAAUUUAUCGAAAACCACUGGUAUCAGCACUAGUUCACACCAAAGACUUCGAUUCCUACAUUCGCUUCUCUCGACACUUGUAUGACAAUUUGACCAGAAUCAAUACUAAGGAAGAGUUGAAUGAUCUGGACGGUGAAUCUGAUGGCAACGUUCCUAAUAUGCAAGCGGAGGUUCUAGGAACUAUGAUUUUCGAUGUUUUGGUAUCCUUUAAAAAUAAUCGCGUUGAGGCAGUGGAAAAAGUGUUGACUGGAUUCGUCAACCAAGGUUUGUCAAUUAGUAGCAAGCAGGCGCAAAGGAUUCAAGAAAAGUUGGGUGCUGAGCUGACAACUGAAAUCUCGUCCAUGCUUAGCAAACUAGCGGCUGGUGAAUUGGAACCAAUCCAACUUGAAUCCACUGCACCUCGAACAAAGCAAAACAACUCAAAUCUUUCUAUUCCGCAACUGGAACGCUUGAUAACGGAUCUGCAGGCGCGAGGAGAUAAUACCAACUCAUUGAAGAGCGUCCUCAUACGGAAUGUUAUCCGCGCCAAUGAUGUGGCCAAAACUGAAGAAGUUCUGAAUCGAUUAGAAGGCGAAGGUUACGUUGUUCAACCAGGAGUGUAUGCUCAAAUCGUGGAGCUGUACGCAAACAAUGACAAAAUUGAGGAGGCAUUUGAUUUGUUAAAAAGAGUAAAGGCAAAAUCCCCAGAUUUUGAAUUGGACGGUACAAAAAUGAUCAGAUUGGUGCAGGCCCUAAUCCAGCAGGAACGCUUCGAUGAUGCUUACUCUUUUUUGAAUGAGAAUAAGCCUUCCGUUGCUCGAGGAGAUCGGGAUGAAGAUUUCAAUUAUAACAGCGCCUGUUGGCGUUUACUGAACGGUUUAGCUGAGAAGGGUAAUGCAGAACAAGUGAAUAAACUUAUUAAUCACUUGCUGGACAACGGAUUCAUUACACCACAUAAUAUUUUCCUAGGAUCAUUAAUUAAGGUUCAUUUGGUACGAGACGAUUUGAAAACAGCAAUCACAGUGUUUGAGGAAAUCUGCCAGAAGUAUCGCACCACUCCUUGGAAAUCUGAGCUAACCUGUCGACUAAUUCAGGCUGAAGAUGCUUCCAGUUUGCAGCGUUUAACAGAUCUGAGCACGGAAGUGCACGGCGAAGUCAACAGUCUGUAUGACUUGGUCUUCGCUUUUGUAGACUGCGGUCGCAUUCGUCAGGCUCGUAAAAUUUUGGAAACUCCCGGCCUACGUACCCGUUAUCAACGCAUCGAGAAUGCCUGCGAUCGGUAUCAUGUAGAAGGAAAAACCCAAAGCCUAGAAGGACUAAUGGAAGCCACGAAAGAUUUGAAUCACAUCGAUCGUUCUCAUAUAUAUCACAAGCUUCUCAAAAGCUACAUCAACGACAAACAACCAGAGAAAGCUCUCGGUUUGUGGACCAAAAUGCAGGAAGAAGAUGAAAGCCCCUCGGAUGCAUUCCUAAUCGAGUUGUCUGAUUUUCUGAAAUCUAACAACUACGAAGUUCCUUUCGUUACACCUGCUGCUGUGAGUACAACCACGCCAGCCAGCAAAAUGAGCAAAAAUGAAAAACAAAAAACGCAACCAACUAGUGAUAAGAAGUCGGAACCCAAUUCUAAUAUUUCUGUUCCACUGAAGAAUUUCAAGGCUGCUAUAAAGAUAUCAGAUCCGGAUCGUAUUCUCUCAACCAGCGAAAAACUUUCUCCGAACGAUAAACUUAACAUCACAGAACGAUCGUUGAUUAUUGAAGCCUUGAUUAAUCGCGAUCGCUUGAAUGAAGCUUCUAAAAAUGUUAUUCAGCUACUGGAGCAGAACCUGCACCCUAUACCUAGAAUUUUUAAAUAUUUCCUCAACAAGUUAGCAGCCAGUGGUGAUUUGAACACUUUUGAACAGAUUGGUAAAAUGUUAUCUGAAGAUCUCAAACGAUUAAUUUCUUACGACAACAGAUAUUGCCAUGCAAAUAUCGUAGGCGGUAAUGCUGCACAUUAUUUGAAAAAGCUUGAAUCUGCUAUCACCAACGUUAAAACCAAGGAAGAGGCCGAGGUUGCUGCCAAACACUUUCCUAUCGGUGGAGCUGCUGGUAUUCUCACAACGCAUCCGGAAUUGCACAACGAAUAUCAAAAACUUGCUGAACUGUACACCAAAUGGGACAUAAUAACGCCUAUGAAUGCACUCUGGACACAUUACUUCUUAAACGGUCAAGAAAGUCAAGCCCAAGAGCUGUGGGACAAACAUCUUGCUAACUCACCACGAGUAAUGUUCCAGAAAAUAAUCCAACAUGCUCGAGAGAAUAAUGACGAUGCGCUGGUUCGACGAUUGAUUGUCCAGCUUAAAGAUUCCAAAAUUUCCGAAAAUGGACAAGGAAUUAUUUACAGCUGUUUGAUCGAUGCUUUGGUUGUAAAAGGACAAACAGAUCAGGGUAUGGAGGCACUUCAGGAAGCUUUGAAGGUGGUUUGUUUGGAGAACAUCAAUCGAUCUGCGCUGCGAAGACUAAAGGAUGCUGUGACGUCCUCGGGACGUGAAUUUCCCUAUCAAAUUCCCGAACGAACAGCCAACAAAUCCCACGAAACAACUAGUAGCAGUAGCAGCAGCAGUAGCGAUGAUGAUAUCGGUCCCAGCAAAAAUUAAUCAACAGAUAACAAUUGUAAGAUGCAGAUGGCAUUUCCCGGUGGUUCAAGUUAAUUUUUGCACCCUCAUAAGCUGUACUUUAAUCCAUUUAGUGUAUUACCAUACUUCUGUAUUGCAAAUCACGACCUUCUUUAGUUUUAAAUAGAUGUAUUCC